CAUUCAAGUUCCGGGUUUUAAGGAAGUGGUGCUGCGCUGCCUUAGAGGCGAACAGCGGCUUCUGGGGGAGAUGGCAGAGGGGGAAGAUGAUUUUGUCGGGGAGAGGCUAAUCUUUUUACCUGACAGGCAUGUGCGUUAUUUUCAACGCAGCUUGAUGGCUCUGCCCGAACAGUGCUGCAGCUUGGAAACCAGCAGGUUAACUAUUGCUUUUUUUGCUCUGUCUGGUCUGGACAUGCUCGAUUCAUUGCAUGUGGUGAACAAAGCUGAAAUAAUUGAAUGGAUUUAUUCACUACAAGUUCUUCCCACUGAAGACAAGUCAAAUCUAGAUCGUUGUGGAUUUCGAGGUUCCUCCUGCCUUGGACUGCCUUUCAAUCCUUCUAAAGGCCAUGGACUGUAUCAUCCUUAUGACAGUGGUCACAUUGCAAUGACUUACACUGCACUCUGUAGCCUUGUUAUAUUGGGAGAUGAUCUGAGUCGUGUAAAUAAAGAAGCCUGUUUGGCAGGACUGCUUGCUCUCCAGCUUCAGGAUGGGAGUUUCUGCGCUGUACCUGAGGGAAGCGAGAAUGACAUGAGAUUUGUGUACUGUGCUUCCUGUAUUUGUUUCAUGCUGAACGACUGGUCAGGGAUGGACAUGGAAAAAUCAAUUGAAUACAUUAGGAGAAGUAUGUCUUAUGAAAAUGCGUUGGGUCAAGGAGCUGGACUAGAAGCCCAUGGUGGUUCAACUUUUUGUGGUGUUGCAUCACUUUGUCUAAUGGGAAAGCUUGAAGAUGUCUUCUCGGAAAAGGAGCUGAGCAGAAUUAGAAGAUGGUGCAUAAUGAGGCAGCAGAAUGGCUUCCAUGGCCGUCCUAACAAACCUGUUGAUACUUGCUACUCCUUUUGGGUGGGAGCAACUUUAACGCUCCUGAAUAUCUUCAAGUAUACAGAUUUGGAGAAAAACAGAAAUUUUAUUCUUUCCACACAAGAUCGUCUCAUUGGGGGCUUUGCAAAAUGGCCUGACAGUCAUCCUGAUGCCUUACAUGCCUACUUUGGAAUAUGUGGCCUCUCCCUUAUGGGAGAAUCUGGUAUUAGUGAAGUACAUCCAGCACUGAAUGUAAGCUUAAAGACUUAUAAACGUCUUAAGCAGAUCCAUAAUGCAUGGGCAACAAAGGACUGUGAAAAAGGUUCAAACGAUAUGCACAUCUGUACUUGACUGACCUACAGCACCACCGCUUUAGGUUGAAGAACUGUAGCUGCACUUUUAAAGCCAUGUAUUAACCAAGUGUGCUUUUAUGUACUGGAGUCAUUCGAUCAAAGUGUUUUGAUUAGUAUCACUGCAAUGUUUAAACAACUUUCGGCCAAGUCUCUUGUACCUCAAUAAAAUAAUAUUUUGUAAUCUGUUAUAAUAUACAGCUGCUCACUGUGUCAUAAAUUACUUGUAUAGAAAGAUUUACUAGAGAUCACCAUUUUUAGUAAUUCUUUUUAUUUUAAUUCAACAAAAAUUAUUAGCAAGAUAACUGUGUAAACGUAAAAGGACAUUUACUGAGAGAUGUUUUAUUUUAUCGUUUGACCCUCUGUAAAUAAUUGGGAACUUUAUCCUGGGGCUGGGCAAUAUACUGUAUAUUUAAAUAUGUAAGAAAUUUUUGAAUUAAAGUAUAUUUUUUAAGGAUCCAAAAGGUGAUAGAUAUCACGAUACACUUUCGUGUAGUUAUGGUUAAAAAUUUGGAAUUAGAAAUUCAUAUUUUAUAAUAUUUCUGGGCACUAGAAAAAGGACACUAAUUAGUAAGUGCAGCUUCAAUAAUGGACAUACCACUAAGUCCUAAAGAUAGAUUCAAUAAAGUGCUAACAAUAAUAGUUUCUGUAAUGAUUUAACCCUAUGGUUUUAUGGAACACAUAGGGAUCUGUGAAUUACCGCUUGGUUAGGAAUGACAUAGUCAUUCAAGCAAUUAAUCCAUUGUUUUAUAACACUAAAACAACAAUGGCAACCCCUAAAAGUACAUGUGCCACAGUAAAUUUGUUUGCCUGUGUGUCUAUGGUAAAUACAGUACUGCAUAACAAACUCAAAGCAGUGAUUUAACCUAUUGACAGGCAGAAACACAUACAGCAAAUAAUUAAUGCCUUUAUAUUACCAUACACACAAUCAAUAGACUAUAGACAAUAGACUAUAUAGAUUUAACAUCUUGGUUGCUAGAAAAAAACACGGAGCAGACUACUUACUUGAAAUGCAAUCCGGUGGUUUUAUAGAUUGCUGAUCUGAGCCCUUGCAGCAGCUGGUCUACUUUAAACCACACAUGGCAUAAUGGGAAUUGCCAUAGUUCUGUAACCAUUAACAGUGUUAUGCAGGUGGCUGCAAGGAGCAAAUGUGCCCUUUAAAAUGCCAGGGUAGUAUGGUGGUAGAUAAAUAGGGGUUAGCAGGGCUCACAAAUCUUGAUGCCAGGCAAAAUAUUUGAGGCUUUAUGGAUAAAUGGAGCCCUGAUAUAAGGGAAGCCUUAGGUAACUGGUAAACCAAGGUUGUCUGAAUGUCAGGCUAGGCGAUAAUUAGUACAAUAGUGUUUUUUUGCAAGUGCACUUUAAAAAAUUCCUGAGGACAAACUAAUGUGCCAGAUAUAAGGAUACCACUGAGUGAAAGUAAUCUCGAUCGUCCCCAGGUACAAAGGCCAGUGUGGACAAGGUUUCCGACUUGGGAACCUGUCUGCCUGGCUUCACAGCAUAAAGCCAGUGGACACUGUAUGUCCACUGCCCUUAUGUAUCAUAACACACACGCAAGUAAGUGUUAUGGUGCCACAAGAUCCUAUAAAUCACACCGAACCAACGUGAUUUCUAUACGCCAACUCAGACGUGACGGAGAGGUCUUGUAAUCGCUGUUUCUUACAUUGUGGGAAGCAGGCUCACGUAUUAUCCUGCUCCUCAAGCGCUCAAAAGCAGCAUAUGCUGCUUAGUGCAUUGAGCCCAAUGACUGAGCCACUAAUUACCUGCCUGUGCUUUAGUUUUAGUAGACCCCAAUGGCAGGGCCCAUUUUUUUUUUUUUUAUUUUUUUUAAGUGCUUUAAACAAAGUGUCUUAGAGCUCUUGUGUAGGAUGCUUGGGAUUUUAUAUGUAAAAACAAAGUAUAAUCUUUACCCUUAACUUUUUAUUACUUCAUAAAAAUCUGCAAAACCGUAUUCUCUGUUAGCAAAACAAUAAAUGUCAAAAUGCUACAGUUCUGUGAAAAUCCUUGCAUGUGAGAGAUUUCUUAGUUUGGUUCCCAGGAUACCAUCUUCUGUUUGAAGCUUUAUUGCACAUCAUUGCCAAUUCUUAAUCACAAAAUGUGUGCUAUAUGCUGCAAAUUAUUACAGAAAUAUGACAUGGGUAAUAACCGUUUCAACCGUUUUUACAUGCAGAAAAUUACCUAAUAAAAUGCAAUUCAAAUAUG